AUGUUCAAAAUUUAUAAAAAGUUGGAAAUUAUCAAAAGGGAGGUGAAAGCCUGGGGUCUUUCUUCCUUUGGGGAUAUCUUCAAGAGAAAAAAGGAGGUUGAAACCAAUUUGGACCACCUCCAGAGGACCAUUGCAGAGGGGAAUUCCUCUAUGGACACACAUACAGAGGAGGAGGGAUGGAUACACAAAUGGAAAGAAAUUAUGAAUCUAGAAGAAAUUUACCGGAAGCAAAGAUCCAGGAUCCAAUGGUUAACUGAGGGGGACAGGAACAUCUCCUUCUUUCAUAGAUCAGCCUUAAAGCAUAAAAGGAGGAACACUAUCCAUUCCAUUCUCAAUAAUAGAAAUGAGGAAGUGGUGGGAAAUAAUGAAAUUGGUCAAUGGGCUUCCCUUCACUUUGCUAAUGCCUACUCGAAUGAUAGGGUCAGGGAACCUAUUGAGAUUAGUGAUAAACUCCUCAGUCUCAUCCCUCAAGUCCUGGAUGAGGCUGAUAAUGAGUUGCUGAUAAGACGUGUGUCUGAAGAAGAAGUUCAAGAAGCUGUUUUUACUAUGGCUUCCUUCAAGGCCCCUGGUCCUGAUGGCUUCCCCCCUGCUUUUUUGUAG